AAACGUAAAAAAUAAAAUUGCAUUGUGAGGGCACAAUCUACGGAGGGACGAGAGGCGGGGGGGAAGAGAGAAGUGACGGCCUGAGGUGGGAUCGGGGAAAGACGAGACCGAACGAAAAAACGAGACCCGUGAGACGCGUGUUCGCAUAAGUAAAAGAAUCGUUGAACAGAUCGUGGUACAGGAGGAGGACAUUGUACGUGGUCGAGAGGGCCCGGUCACAGAGGGCCCCCAACACCCUAAGCGCACGGUAUUAGAAAUGAAUAUAAAUAUAAAUCGAACGUGGUACUGGCGUUAGUGGGUUCGGUAGUGGGAGAUAUCUCUUGGGUAUUGGUGCCGUCGACGAAGUUACACGCACGAAGAAGGUCUAUAGAGUCCUGUCCUCGCUCGCGCACGAGGCCCCUUUCCUCCUCCCCCUCCUCCUCCUCCUCCUCCUCCUCCUCCUCCUCCUCCUCCUUCUCUUUCUCUCUUCUUCUCUUUCUCUCUUUCUCCUCUUCUUCCACUUACCUUCCCUCCUUGUACUGUGCUGCUGGUGCUGCGUUCUCCGUGAGGAAAGGCCCCGAGAGAGUGGGCUCAGUGUCCGCUCGGCCUCAGAGCGCCCCGUGCCAAGAGAGAAGGAAGGAAGGAAAGACUGGUGAACGCCGCUUCUAGAAGGUUUUAAUGCCUCACUCGCCGGCUCCAGACGCGAGUUAUAACCGCUCCCAACGGUAUACAGUAACAAAUACGAAAAUCAAAAGGGACAUAUAUAUAUAUAUAUAGAUAUAUAGAUAUAUAUAUAUACACACAUGUGUUUAUAUCUCCUUAACGUUCAGUGUUAUACGAAAGGACUUUUAACCUAACAUUCAAGAUAUUUCUACAACGUGAUCGGACAACAUUCGUCUAAGAAUCCUUUUUUCCUUGCUCCCCCUCCUCCUCCUCCUCCUCCUCCUCCUUCUCCUACUCCUGCUCCUCCACCUCUUCCUCUUACCUCCGUCCAACUAUCCCGCCCUCUCUCCCUCUCUCUUUCUCUCUUUCCCCCCUUCAAGUAAAAAGACAGCUCGAGAGAGAUCAUUCAAUUGAUCUUUUCUCGGAGCAAGUCGAUCGAAAGAGAGAAAUUUUGUUUUUCUUUUUCAUUUCUCUCUCUCUCACUCUCUCUCUCUCUCCCUCUCUAUGUCUCUAUCUCUAUAUCUAUCUAUCUGUCUCUGUACCCGCUUGUCCUUCCUCAUCUCCUUCUCCUGUUCGUUCAACACGCCGUCGAGAUACCCACGGCGCUCGGCUUUGUAGUCCACGAGCAGUGCCGCGUAUUAAAACGUUAAUCUCCGAUGUGUACUACCGGUUAUACGUACAGAUUGCUUGUUUCUCUCUCUUUCUUUCUCUCCCUUUGCCCCUCUCUCUUCUCUUUCUUUCUCUCUCCCUCUCUUGAUCGUUCCUCCAGCCCUCCACCUCCCUUUUCCAAGUCCCCUAUCCUUUCGUCCUCCGGCUCGUUCGUGGUCGGUGCUUUCGCCGUAGCGCGUACUCGACCCAUCUCUCUCUCUCUCUCUCUCUCUCUCUCUCUGUUUCUCUUUCUCUCUUUCUCUCUUUCCCCCUUUUGCACUCCCUAGCUCAAUACAUCUAUAGACCUUCGUCUUCUUCUUCUUCUUCUUCUUCUUUUUCUUUUGCUUCAUCUUUUGCUUCAUCUUCGUAUUCUUUUCUUUUAUCUUUCUCGUCUUAACCCAUCUUCAACGCCCUAGUAUCAUCCCCACCUCAUCUUUCCUCCGAUAACCGCGAAGUCCUUCAUAUUUCAUCGAGUCUCCUGUUAAAACGUGUAACUCGCUCCAAUGAACCGCAAAGAAUCGAAAGCUCCCGCCAAAAGUUUAUCGCGAUAGGAUUACCAAAUUGAUCAGGUUAACGAUGAACGUCGGAAGAUCUCCCGAGGAGGACGUCCUUCGAUUUACGAAGGACGUGAGAUGUACGGAAAAAGAAAUCGGAUGAUGAUGAAUAUUCACUUACGUCGAUUCGACGCUGAUUAAUCUUAAAAACGAGUGAGAAAACAAGGAAGGAGAGAAAGAGAGAGAGAGAGAGAGAAAAGAUAUGAAGAAGGAGAAGCUGUCGAACGCGUUGAUCGCGUUGGUGCGACCAGAGGCAAGUACCUCGACUUCGAGUAGCUUAGCCAGAAGGCGAACAGCUACUGUCCUUGGUUCCAGGAGAUGGUGGCAGGGUGGUUGUUGGGCAACCAGAAGCCACCAGGAGGCCUAUCUUCGACGACUUUACGCUAGAAAGAACGAACAACAUACCGCGAAAGGCAAUGCCGAGGAUAGGAACGUCGAGGUCGAAGGUCGAAGGUCAGAACUUGGAAAUAGUUGGUCGCAGUCCCAGAUCGUUUACGAUUUACCAGCAAACGGUGAACAUUACCUCGACGAUUUCUUGAGAAAUCGUAAGGGCGAUACUAACGAGGUCGACGUCGAUGUCGUCGACGUAGAAGAAGAGGAUGUCGUUGGUGUUAUGGUCGGUUGUCCGGCCCUGACGGCCUCGCGUGCCAGUCCCACGGAGAAGUGCGUGGAAUACUUGAACGGUGCUCAUGACGCGACGACCACGGUGAACUUUGAAAACGAUCGUCGCGAGCCCAAUCGUAUCAACGAGUGUGGAUCCUUGCAUUCUUGUUACGAUGUCACGGAAAAGGUGUGCAGAAGCUGCAGGUGUCCAAGGGAAGAACAUCAAAGAGGAUCGACGGAAACGAGCGGCCCAUCUGGAUUGGGCCUUGGCCCGGGUCCGCCGAUGGCGAUGGCAAUGGCGUUUCAAAGCGGUGCCGGGGCAGGCUCCCAUCAGGAACCGUUCAAGAGCCCGGUGCAAGCGGCACCGGCUGGUCUUGCUCUCCAGGAAGCUCUGAUGCAUCAUCAGAGGCACUCGCAAAGCGACGACGAUAGCGGAUGCGCACUCGAAGAAUACACGUGGGUACCGCCUGGCCUGAGGCCUGACCAGGUGCACCUGUACUUCAGUAGUCUACCAGAAGAGAAAAUACCGUACACGGGUAGUGCCGGUGAACGCGAGAGGGUUAAGCAACUGCUUCAGCAGCUACCACCGCACGAUAACGAAGCCAGAUAUUGUAGCGGUCUUUCGGAGGAAGAGAAACGUGAGUUGAGAGUUUUCGCGGCACAACGGAAACGGGAAGCUCUUGGUAGAGGACAUGCGAGUCAAUUGGAGAGGCCACACACCAGCGGAUGCCGAGAAUGCUCGAGGCCGAUCGCAACCGGUGAGAUGGCAGUUGCAGCGAGUCGUGCAGGUCCUUCUGCCCUUUGGCAUCCUGCAUGCUUCGUUUGUUGCGUCUGUCGUCAACUCCUCGUUGAUCUCAUUUAUUUCUGGCGAGAUGGGAGACUCUAUUGUGGCCGUCAUCACGCUGAAACAUUAAAGCCACGAUGUUGUGCCUGCGACGAGAUCAUUCUAGCUGACGAAUGUACCGAAGCCGAAGGGAGAGCCUGGCAUAUGAGACAUUUUGCAUGUCUCGAGUGCGAUAGACAGCUAGGUGGUCAGAGGUACGUUAUGAGAGAAGGACGACCAUAUUGUCUACGUUGUUUCGAUGCCUCCUUUGCCGAAUAUUGCGACAGUUGCGGCGAGCCGAUAGGCGUUGACCAAGGUCAAAUGUCACACGAAGGUCAACAUUGGCACGCGACCGAAGCAUGCUUUUGCUGUGCCACUUGUCGUACCUCACUUUUAGGCCGUCCUUUUCUUCCUAGACGUGGUGCUAUUUAUUGCAGUAUAGCCUGUAGUAAAGGAGAACCACCAACGACUCCGAGUGAUUCUUCGGCCGGUCCUCCACCUCCGCCAUCUUUUCUUAGAGGUAGAAGACAAACAGUACCAACGAGCGAAGGUUCCUCGAGUCCACCACCACCUCCACCUCCUCCACCACCGCCAGGAUCCAGACACGUUUCAGGAUCCCUAAGAAACUCGCCAAGAUUGACAAGGAAACAUCAGCAGGUCUCAUCCUCGAUUGCGACAACCCCAACACAGAGUACCUUGAGUCCAGAAUUCCCAACGGAGGGAUUUUCCACUAGUGGAUCUAGGGGUGGAGGUCUCGAUAGGGUACUUCUCGAAAGGAAUCUCGAGAGAUUGUUGCAAGAACGUGGCUCUCACCCUGAAGAAAAUCGUAGCGAUUUGGGAAGACUAAUGCAAGCGAGGGACCGGGAGCCACUUCGAUGCGUUCAAAACUGUACACCUUCCCACGCUUCAAGCAUGCCUGAACUCCCAGCGCCUACAUUGAGAGCUUCACCUUCAACGUCGGUACCACCUUCUGGUGGUAUUGCAGGUGGUGCAUCGACGAUUACGUUAGCACAAGAAUCGCCAAUGUCGCCAACGAAUCUUGCUACAAGUCAAACGGAUCCACCGACGCCUACGUCGCGACGUGUGCGAUUCCAAGGUGACUUGGACGCAAACGAUCAUGGGGCAACACCAUCGUCUAGUAAUGUCCCUAUUUCACCAGCUAACGAUACCAAUUCAUCAUCCUCGCCAUCUCCACCACCAAAUAAUCCUUUGUCCAGGACGAACGUUCCACGAUCGAGAAGUUUGCAACCCGAGGAGGUCGCAAGUACGUCGACUUGGGGUGUGGCCAGUUCGUCAAGGUCAAGAUUGGACGAGGCAGAGGAUGCUGAAAGUUGUUGUUCGACUUGUAGUUCUUCUAGUAGUUCUGACGAGGCCGCAGCAUACGCUUUACCACCUAGAAGAGCUUACGGUGGUGUACGUAUUUCUUACGUACCAAAUGAUGCAGUUGCGUGCGCGCGGAAACGGACUCAACCAUCUUCUUCUUCGUCAAAUCAAGCUCAAAAGGACACCGAAAAAUGCGUCGUGUCUUGAUGAUCGUGCUUAAAUAUCCGUAGGACAUCUUGCGGUUUUUUUAUUACGCUUAACGUUUGUACGAUCGAUGGAUCUCCUUCCUCUUGGUGUGCGCGACGAGAAACGAGCAAAGACUUUAGAGACAAAAAUAUUGAAGGGAAAAGAAAAAAAGAAAAGAAAUAAAAAAAAGAAAGAAGAAGAAGAAGAAGAAAGAGAGAGAAAAAGAAAGAAAGAAAAAAAAAACAGAGUUCCUAAGCGCUACAAUAGUGUACGCUUUUCAGUAUCUUCCAGAGCAUAGGCCUUUUCGUAUUUUGUUCUCGUUAAUGUUCGUUUCAACUUGAAAACGCAAUUUCCUUGAUGGCAAAUCUCAUUGUAAGCGUCUAUAUAUUGUUGAACACUCGCAUAGGAAAGUUUACAGAAUAAGUUCUUUUUUUCUCAACUAUUUACAAUAGUACCAUAUACAAUCGGAUUUCUAUAAUAAUUUCAUUCGUAACGAUUAAGGUAUCGUUAUAUAAAAAUCAUUCAUUAUUAUUCGUAAAGAAAUUCCUUAAGUUCUUAGAAACAAUCUAUUUUCUUCGAACAUUCUCUCGAAACAUUCCUAAGCUCGUUCGCAACAAUAUAUAUGCGACAACGAUAAAAACAAUAAUAAUAACAACGAUCAAAGAUAUUUCGGAUAGAGACCGACUGAAGACUUUUCUCGCGAAUUUAUUCGUAUCGGAAAAUCUCAGUGACAUUUUUGCCUCGCGGCCAUACACCCUCAUCUAUUUUUAUUAUUCUCGUUGAUGUACUACUUGAUGACGAUAAUAAUAAUAAUAAUGACAAUGAUGUUAUAUUUUAAAGAAGAUCCGAUGAUUCGA